AAGCAUACUUCAGUAUUAUAUUAAUAGUUUACAAAGUAAGUAGGGUCCAAUAUGUUAGUAAGAAGAUUUCUUUAUUUAAGUUUCUUAAUAUCAGUUACCAAAACUGCAAGAAUACUAGGAGUGUUCCCGACACCAUCCAUCAGCCAUCAAGUAGUAUUUCACCCUUUAAUGGAAGAAUUAGCCAGUCGUGGCCACGAAGUUGUUGUUAUUACCGCAGAUCCCGCUUUUCCAAAAGGGAAAACUCCUCCGAAUUUGAACGAAAUCGAUGUGCAUGAUUUAGAAUACGAGACAAUAUCUGAAUUCUUUAAAAUUUUUUCUGAACAUGAGGAUAAUUUAAAUUCACAAAAUAAAAUUAUAUUUAAAUUUUUAACUAAACUGUUCGAGGUGUUAGUAGAGUCAGAACAAGUUCAAAAUCUAAUUCAUGAUAAAAAUAAAAAGUUUGACUUAAUUUUUACUGAGGCUUGUAUAAGGGCAACAAUAAGUUUCUCUUAUUUAUACCAAGUACCUGUGAUAGAGUUUAGUUCUUUUAGCGGUUAUUACGGAACGUUCGAAAGUAUCGGGGCUGCAACUCAUCCUGUUUUGUAUCCAAAUGCCAUGAGCCGUAAAUUUUCAAAUAUGACAAUCUGGGAAAAGAUAAAUGAAUUAUAUUAUCAUUAUAGUGCACUUAGUAUGUAUAAUGAUCACGUACAAUACGAAAAUGAGGUGCUGAAAAGGUUGUUUGGGUCUGAAAUACCGGAUAUUAAUGAAUUAAGGAAAAAUAUACGUAUGGUAUUUUUAAAUAUCCAUCCGAUUUGGGACUUCAAUAGACCUGUUCCACCAAAUGUUAUAUAUCUAGGACAAAUGCAUUUACAAAAGGAACGAGUAAAAAAACUACCAGAGGAGAUAGAGUUGUUCGUGAAUUCAUCAGUUCAUGGUUUUAUAUACAUGAGUUUUGGUACCAACGUAAAGUUAUCCUCGUUACCUCAAGAAAAAAUACAAAUUUUCUCUAAAAUAUUUUCCGAAAUUCCCUAUGAAGUUCUAUGGAAACGGGAUGGAGAAAUACCUGUCAGUCUCUCUCAAAAUAUUAAAAUUUCUGAAUGGUUUCCUCAGUCUACGCUAUUAAGACACCCGAAAAUUAAAUUAUUUAUUACUCAAGGAGGCCUGCAGUCGACAGACGAGGCUAUAUUUGCAGGAGUUCCGCUAAUUGUUGUACCGUGUCUUGGUGAUCAAUGGUAUAACGCUGAGCAAUAUGUUAGGCACGGUAUUGGGAGAAAGUUGGAACUAAAUAACCUUAACGAAAAACUAUUGAAAGAAUCCAUAGAAGAUGUUAUACAUAACAAAAGCUAUCGCGAAAAUGUCAAGAAACUUAGACAAAUAAUAACUGACCAACCACAAACAUCAUUAGAAAAAGCUGUUUGGUGGACGGAAUACGUUUUACGACAUAAAGGAGCUAAACAUCUUAUGACACCAGCCGCCAACUUGUCGUGGCUUGAGUACUAUGAAAUCAACUUUGUAAUUUUUUUGCUUGGAAUUCUAUUUCUAUGCAUUAUUUCCAUAAUAUUUAUCUUAAGACUACUUGUCACCUUUCUUUUUGUGAGGGAUAUAAAAAUUAAAGAAAACUAAAUUAAU